AACAUCGAAGUUAAUAGAAGAACAAGAAAGAGUUUGAAAGAACGUUUAAUUGAAAUAAGUCCAAAUAGUAAAGAUGACAUUAGAUUUGAUAAAAGUUUAUUAAAAUACACAAAACUUAUGUUAGAAUUUAAAGAUAAAUAUCUCUUUGCCUUAAAAAAAGAAAAGGAAAUUAUUCACAUGUUAUUGUCGUUGUGGUCUGAUAUCGAAAUGAUAAGAGAGAAAUCGAAAUGUGUGCACACUGAUUGUAAAUUAGUAUUGUUACGUAUUGAAACGGAGGAGAGCGCAUUUCAAAAAAGUUGGUCCAAAGCUUUUGAAACUGAAUAUUCAGAUUUGAUUAUACAAAUUGAAUACGAUUAUGUAGUAAAAUAUAUCAAAUACAGAGAAUCGAAACAAGCUACUAAUUCUGAGAACACUAAGGGAAAAAGUAAAGCACCUAAACCUAAACUGAGCAUUGACUAUGACGAAUUGAAAGUACAAGUAGAAGAGAUGGUAAAUAAUAUAAUGCCGAGAAAUCGGAUUGAAAUACUACUGAAGAAGGAUAAAACUAUACUAUCUCAACCAGAUGUUAAAAGAAAAAGUUCGGCUAUAGCUGACAUAUACUACUUUAAAGUUUUUGUCGAUGAUGUUUUCGUGUGCGAAUCUGAUCAAUACAUAAAUGAAGAUAGUCAAUUUGACAUAGAUUUCACAGAGUCUUUAUCUAUCGAAAUAUUGCCACAUAAUUCAUAUUUAAAAAUAAUUCUAUACGAAAAUAAUGAAGACGUAUCGUUUUUUAAAAUAAAUCUAUUUGAUAUAAAGAAAAAUACAAAUGAAUCGAGUUUCAUCAAUCAUAAUUUCAAUUAUUACAAAAGUGUAGGACCAACUGAUAAAAUAAUUGGGAGUGGAUAUGAUAUAAAAGAGAUCUGUUUAAAAAACAAAGCUAGAUUAAAAUCGAGUAAUAUUUUCAAAGGAAAACUAUGGUCAAAGUGCGAAGUAAAUAUUAAACUAGGCUGGAAUGAAAAACUUAAUGAUAAUCAACGCGAAUCUAUUAAAUCUUUGAUCAAAUUAGGAAGUCAAAUUAAACGAUUUAUGCACAACAUAAAUAAACCUAACAUACGCGAGUUAACGGAAAUAAUAAACGAUUUGUAUGAAAAUAAUGUCGAGAAAGAUGUUAAUAUAAUGAAUGCACUAAGAGACAUUUGUAAGGAAACUGUUAGGAAACACGAAACAUUUAGUAUCAACGUAGACAGCCCAGAGUUUAACAGAUUUAAAUUAUUACUUUUAAGAAAUAAUGGCGGAUUUAUCAGCAUAAAAAAUAAAGCUAUUCCUUUAUUCACUAGUCAGAUUUCUACUGAGCAAUUAGCCUGCUUAGAAAACACUGAAGAGAAAGAUUAUCGACAUUUUAAAAAGGACGCUGAAAUGGACGCAAUCGAUUUGCAAAGAUAUGUAGGAAUGAAAUUCGUGGAUAACUUAAAUAAAAACCUCAUGGAUAACUUAAAUCUGUUUCUUAUGAAGAAAACAUUUAAAGAUGUUGUUAGAGAUUUUGGAGAUGUUAGCAUUGGGUAA